CACGGACCUUAGCAGCAUCGCGUGCACCGCAAUACGCUCGGAAAUAAAACGACUGCUUUCGGUUUUCUGAUCUGUGAAUUCUGUUUCGGUUCUGUUUGCUGUUAAUUUUAGACUCGCCAAGCGGAAGCUUGCCAGAGUUUUCCAAAAUAUCCCGCAGCCGCGUGUGUUUUUCCCCCCGAUCGAAAACAUUCGUUCAUAAUUCGCGAAUUCGAUUCCAAAAAACGGCAAAAAUGUCGUGCCGCGAAAAUGUCGAUUAACCUCUGAUUUCGCCAUACGCAGUCUACGAAGAACAAAUUGAAAACGCUGAAAAUGUGAAAAGUGAAUGAAACGCAUGUGAAAUCUCGCAGUGCCAAGCAGCGCAACAAAGCCGGGCAAAUUAAACAAAAACCCCAAUUAAGAUUUCAAUAAAUUUUUAAAAUAAAAUGUGAGCAGUGAAAAUGUGAAUAUCGAACCAGAAAGAGAGAAAGAGUGAAAGAGAAAAACCGAAAAAAAAACACAAAUUUCCCGAGAUACUAGAGCAAAAUGCAAUCAAAUUCGAGCACCACAACCACGACAACGACAACCAAGACCAAGAAGCUGAGCAGCGGAGCGGGCAACAUGAUCAGUUCAGUGGCGGUGACCAGUGCCAUCAAGACCACCACGACGACUCGGAAGCCAGCGGGUUCUGGAGCCAGUCCCAAGUCGCCCAAGUCCACGGGAUCGAGUGCAUCGCAUUCAGCCAGCAGUGAUUCCAAUGCGGAGAUCGCCGAGCUGACCAAACAGAUCAACGAGCACGCGGACGCCAUAUAUCACACGUGGAAGAGCCAGGGCAUCCCGCCACCGGAACUCCUGCAGAUGUACACAAGUGCCGCCGCCUCCGGCGAUCUUUCCGAGGUGGCCACGCCCACCGCCGAUGCCGAGGGUCUCCAGAAGAUGGUCACCAGCUUUGUCAACAAGGACAAGGAACAGCGCGGCAAGACCAACAGCCUGAAGAAGUCCGACAUCACCUCCAAUGGCAAGGUGAAAAAGCCAGCGGUCUCCAGUUUUAGUAAUCCUGUGCCGGAUCAGGUCCUCCACUCGCCCAAGAAAGUGGCCGCCGUCUCCGCCAGCAAACCCUUGCCCGAUGUCAAUCUCAACUACGACAUCAGUCUGGAUCUGGAUGUGAACAAUCUGUCGACGCAGCAAACCCAAAAUCUGCUCAAGAUCAGUGAGCUCAUCCAGCAGCAGAAGGACGUCCCGGCCACCGUGGGCAAAAAGCGGCAGAGCAGCAAGGCAAAUAGCAACGGCAGUAGCAACAGUGGCGGCAAUUCUGCCAUCAGCAGCAAGCUAACAGCUUCUGAGCAACCCACCAAAAAACAGAGCAAGGCCAGCAGGAACGGAUCUUCUAUGGCUGUUAGCAUCGAUGUUGUAGAUUCGCCGUCAGCGAGAAUGGCCAAUAGCACCAACAGCGCGGCAGUGAGUGAUAAGGGCGGCGAGCCAGCGGCCACAAGUCGCAAGUCAAGCAAAACCAAAGAAAACAGCGCCGAUUCGAAGCCGGCAACCAAAGAAAAACCCACGGCGGUAGCAGCUGUAGCCACGGCACGCAAAUCAACAAGUCGUAGCGCCAUUGAUAACGCCAGCAACAUAGCUGCAGCGGCAGCAGCAGCAACAGCAGCAGCAACAGCAACAUCGGCAACAGCAGCAGCAACACCAACAGCAACAUCGAUGGAUGCAACGCCAGCAACAUCGGGCAGCACAACGAUGCCAACGUUGAAUAAAGUCAAACCGACCAGCGGGGCGCGGGCGGCCCUCACCAAUGGCCAGGAUAAAAUGAAUCUCCUCACCCGCGGCUCCGUCGCCGAGCGGGUUCUCAUGUUCGAAAAGUGUCCGGACGUGCGGCACGCCUUCCUGAACAUCAAGCGCCCGCAGGCGGACACUCCGCCCAAGAGCCUCAUAAAGGUCAAGCUGCACGCCACACCGCCCCCGCCGCCCCAGGAGCAGAAUCUGCUGCAGAAGGAGAUCCGCUCCACGAAGAGCGUCUACAUACCCAGGUUCUACUUUCCACAUGGCAAGCCGCAGCCCAACAUCGCCAUGGAGCGGGUGGUGCGGGGCAUCCUCUCCGCCUUCGACAGCUUUCCCAACAACCAGGUGACCAAGGACGAGCUGCCGCGCAUUCUCAAGAUCUGCGGCCUGCCCUUCUACUGGCGCAUGCCGGUGAUGGUCUUCUGCCAGUCGACCAGCACGGGUCUCGUCGAGCGACAGCGCUUCGUCGAGUUCUGGAAGCAAAUGAAUGUUUAUUGCCAUGAGGCGGCCUCGAGAUUCGUGUACAUUCUGUCGCGUGGCCAGAGAUUCCGCUCAUACAUCGUGCCAGAGGAUCUUGUGCCGAUGGUGCAGGAUGUGGUGGACACACACCCCGGACUGGCCUUCCUCAAGGAAGCCACCGAGUUCCAUUCCAGAUACGUGCACACAGUCAUCGCGCGCAUUUUCUAUUCGGUGAACCGCAGUUGGAGCGGCAAGAUCACAAUAGCCGAGCUGAAGCGGUCCGAUCUGCUGGAGAUGAUCAGUCUGCUGGAGGAGGAGGAGGACAUCAAUCAGAUAAUGGCCUUCUUCAGCUACGAGCACUUCUACGUAAUCUACUGCAAGUUCUGGGAGCUGGACAAGGAUCACGAUCUGCUGGUCAACCAGGAGGAUCUCGCCAAGCACAGCGACCAUGCCCUGUCGUCGCGCAUCGUGGAGAGGAUUUUCUCGGGAUGUGUGACGCGCAGCGACAACAAAAAAGCUCCGGAGGACGAGGCCAAGAUGUCCUACACGGACUUUGUGUGGUUUAUUCUCUCAGAGGAAGAUAAGAGAACACCUACGGCCAUUGAAUACUGGUUCCGAUGUAUGGACGUCGAUGGAGAUGGAGUGCUGUCCAUGUACGAGCUGGAAUACUUUUACGAGGAGCAGCAACAGCGGAUGGAGGGAAUCGGGAUCGAGUGCCUGCCUUUCGAGGACUGCCUGUGUCAGAUGCUGGACAUGAUUAAACCAGCAAACCGCGACUGCAUCACCCUUGGCGAUCUGAAGCGCUGCAAAAUGACGCAUGUCUUCUUCGAUACCUUCUUCAAUCUGGAGAAGUAUCUGGAUCACGAACAACGAGAUCCAUUUGCCUCGCAGCGUGACGAAUAUACCUCCGAUUGGGAUCGCUUUGCAGCGCAGGAAUACGAACUGCUCAUAUCCGAGGAGAACGAUUAAAGAUCGCCAAAAGAUAUUUAUUAACUUACAAAUUUUUAUACAAAUUUAUACACUACGAAAUGAAAAUGAAACAGAAAAACAAACAAAAAGAAGGAACUACAAUUAGUCCAUAUGUGCAAUAAAUUCAAAUUAUUUAUUAUGAGUUCUGCAGAUUUAGUUGAAUUUUAAUGACGAAUAAAAUAAAAAUAAUGAAAACUAA